AUGGGUUGCAGUCACAAUCUUAUAUGUGGCCUUAUACUUCACCAUUUUGCCAUUUCUUUACUGUUUCUCUUAAUUUCAAGCUCAUCCCACCUCAGUGCAGAAGGUAGAAUUUUAGUACAACGUGCCGAUAUUCACCAGACAGUGAAUGAAGAAGAGAAGGCAACUUUUAGGGCACAAAUUGGCUCGAAGCCGCCACAGUGCGAAAGGAGGUGCAAUUCUUGUGCACAUUGUGAGGCCAUUCAGGUGCCCACAAACUCCCCAAUAAAGAACUCCACCACAACCUCAGGAAUUGCCUAUAAUAGAGGUGAUGACAAUUCUAACUACAAGCCCUUGAGCUGGAAAUGCAAAUGUGCCCCAGUUCCGCCGUCCAAGGCAGCCCACUCCAAGACGACCUUCGCAUUACCCACCAGCCCUUCCUUGGCUGCUGGUAUUCAGCACUUCGCUUGGGUCGCCCCUUCGGAGAUUCAAACCUAUGACGUGGACCUGCUCAGAUACCACAUUGUUAGAACCCUGACAUGCUGUUCCUGUUCUGCACCACUGUCUGACUUCUUCCUUCUAGCGAAUUGA